GAAAGGGGGCUCACAUCUACGACAGGGUAAGCCAUUCCCUCUCGCUCUCUCUUCCUCCUUUAGGGAAAGGAAGGGUGGGGUUAGGGAGGGAGAAAUCAAGGUCAGAACGGGGUGGAUGGGGACAUGGCGGAAGGCCUACGGAGCCCUCAAGGAUUCUACCAAAGUUGGGCUCGCCAAGGUCAAUAGCGAAUUCAAGGACUUGGAUAUUGCUAUCGUGAAAGCAACAAACCAUGUAGAAUGCCCCCCGAAGGAGCGACACGUGCGGACAAUCUUUGCUGCUACCUCAGUGGUUCGCCCCCGAGCUGAUGUAGCUUACUGCAUCUAUGCGCUUGGCAGAAGAUUGUCCAAGACUCGUAAUUGGAUGGUCGCAUUGAAAACAUUGAUAGUUGUCCACAGGACAAUGAGGGAAGGUGAUCCUACAUUUCGAGAGGAACUAUUAAGCUAUUCUCGUCGUGGAAGUAUUCUUCAGAUAGCCAACUUUAAAGAUGACUCAUGUCCUUUGGCUUGGGAUUGCUCUGCGUGGGUACGUACAUAUGCACUCUAUCUGGAAGAGCGACUUGAAUGUUUUAGAAUCUUAAAAUAUGACAUUGAAUCAGAACGUCUGACGAAGCCCCUACAGCAAGAGCCCACAAAGGGACAUAGUCGAACUAGAACUUUAUGUUGUCCUGAUCUGUUAGAACAAUUGCCUGCUUUACAGCAACUUCUCUUCCGGCUCAUUGGUUGUCAUCCUGAAGGAGCAGCAUGUGGAAACCUGCUCAUUCAAUAUGCAUUGGCUCUGGUUUUAAAAGAGAGCUUUAAAAUAUAUUGCUCGAUCAAUGAUGGCAUCAUCAAUCUUGUUGAUAUGUUCUUUGAGAUGUCAAAAUAUGACGCCAUCAAAGCACUCGAUAUUUAUAAGAGAGCUGGACAACAGGCUGAAACUCUUUCUGAGUUCUAUGAAUUCUGCAAACAUUUGGAGCUUGCCAGGAACUUUCAGUUCCCUACUUUAAGACAGCCACCUCCUUCAUUUCUUGCUACAAUGGAAGAAUACAUCAGAGAAGCACCUGGGGUUGGCUCUGUCUCAAGUAAGAAGCUGGAAUAUGAAGAAAAGAACCUUCUAACUUACAAUCAAGAAGACGUCACUCCAGAAGAAAAACCAGCUGAAGAAGAAAAGGAAGAGCCUCCUGCAGAAGAGCAACCACCACCAGAACCCAAAUCCGAACCUGAACCUGUAGUGAACGUUGAGCCACCACCUGUUACCACUGCUGACUUACUGGGCUUGGAUGAAAUAAAUCCUGCUGCUGCUGAACUUGAGGAUAGCAAUGCAUUGGCUCUUGCCAUAAUUUCUCCAGGUAAUGCACCAAAGCCUCCAUCAGCCACUGACCUGUUUGCAACCGAUUCCUCCGGAUGGGAGUUGGCAUUGGUCACUGCCCCAAGCACCAGCACCAGCCAAUUGGUUGAGAGCAAACUGGGUGGCGGUUUCGAUAAGCUCUUGCUUGACAGCCUCUAUGAAGACUCAGCCAGGAGACAACAGAUCGCCGCAGCCUACAGUGGCGGCGGUAUGGAUGCUAAUCCUUUCGACUAUAGGGACCCGUUUGCCAUGUCGAAUGGCAUCGCACCGCCACCAAACGUGCAGAUGGCAAUGAUGGCUCAGCAGCAGCAGCAAUACUACUAUCAACAACAAAUACAACAGCACUACCCAAUGCAGCAACAGCAAUACUAUCACCAGCAGCCACAGCAGCAGCAGCAGCAGCAGCAAAUGAUGAUGAUGGUGCCUUAUCAACCUCAACAACAGCCGGGCUCAGCCAAUCCUUUUGGCGAUCCAUUUGGUGGCUUCUCACCUGCUUCAGCUCCACACAGCGAUCAACAUUUGCUCUGAGUGGGUCAUUCAUUCCUGUACUCUUGUUAUCAUGGCUGCGCCAUUCUUAUAGCGAUUUGUUUAGCCAAUCCGUUUUUGUCUCCUUCACAGGGCGUAGCUCCACAGGGCAUUCAAUCAACUAUAUAAACUCGAUCGAUUGUUUUC